GUUACUUUUUUUGGUUUCUUCUUUGUUACUAGACAUUGCCUAUUGUAUUUUGGUAUAUUUUUUUACAACUGUCGUUUAUAUAUACUUAUUUAUCAUUUUACCCGCUUUUUACCAUGUCGAGAAACCUAUUGAUACUUGGGGCCGCGCCCAACCUCAGCGAGCUGCGCAACACACUCGUGCGCCUGGAGGACACCAUUAUAUUCGCGCUGAUCGAGCGCUCCCAGUUCAAGCACAACAACAGCAUCUAUAAGGCUAACAAAAUGAACUUUCGGGAUGGAUACACGGGCUCCUUCCUCUCAUGGUUUUUGAAAGAGGUCGAGUCGGUCCACGCCAAGGUCCGGCGCUACCAGAGUCCUGACGAGUACCCCUUCACCAACAACCUGCCCGAGCCCGUGUUGCCGCCCCUUGAAUACCCGCCUGUGCUUGUCGACCCGCAGGAGAUUAACAUUAACGAUGAGAUAUUCGACGUGUACGUCAACACUGUUAUUCCCGGGAUUACCGCUCAGGGAGACGACACAAACUACGGCAGUUCGGCGACCAGGGAUAUCGAGUGCCUGCAGGCGCUCUCGCGCCGCAUUCACUAUGGAAAGUUUGUUGCCGAGUCAAAGUUCCAGGACCCAGACUGCCACGACGAGUACGUCAGGCUAAUCAAGGAGAAAAACAGGGAUCGAUUGAUGGAGCUUCUGACCAACAGUCGAGUCGAGGAGUUGCUCCUUAAGCGCUUGAAGGCCAAGGCGCUCAUUUAUGGACAGGACUUGUCUUCAGCCGGGCUGGAUGGCAAUGGCAACAUCAACGGCAGCAGCCAGCCGCUAAUUGGACUGCGCUCGUCGCCGUCGGAUGCUGCGGAGGAAAAAACAAAGUCACGAGUUGACUAUGACCUUGUUGUGUCGCUGUACCGUGACUACGUCAUCCCGCUGACAAAAGAGGUUGAGAUCGAGUAUCUGCUGCACCGCCUUGACUAGGGCUGGCACGGUUGAAUUACAAAAAUCAAACUGGCCACUGUAAUUAUCAUUUGUGGACAUGUGUGAAUUUAUAAGUGCAUUUAUUAAUUUAUUUUGGCUUUUAAUUUUGAUAAAUGCAAAAAACGAGUGUAGUUUUCUAACACACACGGAAGUACGUUGUUUUUGGAUGGUGUCUGACAAGACUGUCAAAAACACCCUAUGUCAAGUGCAUGGUUCAG